AGUAAGAGCCAGGCCGCCGCCAUAGCCGCUCCCUGGCCAACGAAGGAGGAGAAACCGGCGUGUAUCGUUCUCUUUUCCUUUUUUCAUUUCUCAUUUUAUCUCUUUCUAUCUCGUUUCGUCCGCGCUGGUAUACCUCCGUGGCGGAGGAGGGAAGGGGGGGGGGGGGGGAAGGAGGAUACCCUAACCUACAACCCCGAAGCAGCGCUACGACCAACUCGACGGAGACGUCGAAACGGAAUUCGCCGGGCCGAUCAUGUGACACGAUUUGUUCCCGUUGACGUGCCUGAUGACAGAACGGUGCUGCUGACGACGUAGCUCGCGGAACAUCUUCGAUUUGCUGCGUGAACGUGGACGACGGUGAGCGCGAGCCGAUGCCAGUGCACUAACCUCGAUUUCCUCGCAUCGCGUAACGUACAUCCGACGCUCGCUCUGUCCCAGUGAAGUUGAACGAGCGAAGAGAGAAAAAAAAAAAAAAAAAAAAAAAAAAAGAACCAAAACGCCAAGACUUUCGUGCGACGUGGAUGUAUUCGCUGGGUUUAUCAUUUGCGCUACACCAGACUCGAAUUUGUCGAUAAAGACGGAUAUGGAUUAAUGGUACGGCUCGAUAAGUUGACGCGGCAACGAGGACGCAGCUGAUGCUGAUGAUUUAUCACUGCCCAAAUAUACAUUAACGUGUUAGCGACCUCGGUAGCCGUUAAUGAUAAGAACAUUCGACGUGAUAUUAUUUUACAAUUAAGAAGACUGACCAGUUUUUAUCGGGUUUUUCAUUAGUGCUCCGGCGAGAACUGGACCCGGCGGGACGUGACCAAAGUUACCCCAUCCAAUACAAAAACUUAAUUUUUUACCUCCUCAACUUAUCUCACCGCUCGGGGUUCUUCAACGAUAUGAAGAUUAAAUAGGAACUCGAGAGACAGUGAAAGAGCACAGACACACAGACGUACACACACGUGUCCGCAUGAAUUUGUGCAACGUGUAAAUGGAUAUCCAUUUUGACCGGAUCUAACCUAUACACGUUAUCGGAUUAUUUGACCUUAACCUUUCACAUUUCUGAGGGAUUAGAUAUCAGGCUGGGAGAAAGUUACAGAAAGAAUCCCUCUCAGCGGGUAUAAUUGAACGUCUGUGCUACGCGAAGGGAUGAGGACUCACCGUUAGUGUUAAUUAAUACAGUACAACCGACGAACCAUAAUGCAAUUACUAAGUGUCUUCUAAAUUAGUACCAACAUCGAAUUCUUUCAAGGAUAGACUACUCGUCUCUGCUUAGCAAAGUACGAUUACCUCUUUGAAUAUCGCGCAUCGCCAUUGCAGAUGUUUUUAUCCACGGAAACGAAGCACUUCAUUUCUCCAAACAAUACUGGAUAUUUCACGAACGAACGAGCGCGUCCUAGUUUCACGAAUAACCGAAGAAGUUGGAACAAGGAGGCGUUGGAAACGGCUCGUUAAACGGAGAAUUAAUACAAUUUUUUUCUUCACGGGAAACGUAUCCGUAAGGGUGGCCAUCGUGUCACGUGACGGUCCGCAGAGGCUCGAUGAGUUCGAUUCAAGGGUAAAUUCAACUUGUUGCGAGAGAACGCACGGUGGGGAGGUGUAACCGAAGUGUGUCUUCGUGUCACUCACGGAACGUCGCGACGCUGUGCGACAAACGUGUGGCUCGCAUCGUCGCGAAGGAACAGACCUUUCUUUUUUUUUUUCAAUUUUUAAUUUCGCGCGAGUGACGAGCUGUCGAUUCGACGAACCGAUCGAUCGAUAUUGCAGCCUUUGUUUCUUCCGUUCGAUUUCCCACCGCAUCGCCGAUUUGCACCCGUCUGCGUUCCAUCCACCAGACCUACCGCCAGCAACGUGCUCGAACACAUCGGUGCAGGUACACUUGAGAUCUAAAAGAAGCCAACGAUCGCGAACGAGGAAGGGUUAGAAUCGAGUGUGCCUCGUCGAAAGAAGAGUAAGUGUGCACGUGAGAUGAGUGUCGUGGUCUAAGACACUUGUUGCACAUCGACUGUCUCUUAAGAAGUGAGCUUGAGGCGGUAUGCUUCGUCAGAGCAACAGGAUCAGUCAACGUCCGAAAAAAGGAAAAUCCGAAAGUCGCGCGUGCCGUGAAUUUUCCGUUCCUCCAGGUUCAUUCCAUUCAUACGUGCAUCUAUCUCCACUAGUGUACCAUGUUCAUCCGUCAACUCUAUACAAAUUCCUAAGUGUUGAUCGUGCGACGUGGCGUUAAAUAUUUUCUAGUGAAAUUCCCUUCGAAAUUUCAUCGGAUCAUUGUGAACAGAGAAUAUGAACGUAAUGGUAUGUUCAGACCGGUGACACCGGCGGUCGCGUGUGUGUGGCGAACGCGUUGAUACCCGUAGGAGGAUAUCGUUGCCGAAGGGCGGCUUCGGGGCGGACAGGAAGGAGAAUAGACCGGAAGGCUGGAUCAUCUGCGUGGAAUGUCUUCGGGCGCCAAGCGGCUGGUGCAGUCGCUUCGGGGCCGCAGUGGAGGAGGCAGAGGAAGCGGCGGUGGUCGCGCGGACGCCACAGGCGGGGAAGGUAGCGGCGGGGGUGGCGGCGGUGCCAGCACCAGUGCCACCAGAUUGUGUCAUUACGACAGCGGCCACGAACUCGACGAAAUUUCGGUGGUGGGGGCUACUAUCAGGGGCAGCGAGGGCCUUCCCACCCCCACCACACCGUGCCACUGCGGCGGUUUAAAAUAUGGCAGCGGGCAAACGCUUUACAGCAUCGCCGGCCUGGUGCCUCCUGCACCUGCGAUACCUUCUCAUGGUGUUCAACCAGCUUUAGGCUAUGGGGUUGAGAGACAUCGGGAGGACAAACAAGGAAGGAUACUCGACGGUAAGACCCGGAUUAGAAGGGAGAAGGAAGAGGACACGAAAAGCGCGGACAACAUUUCGAGGAGUGCUGCAUUGCCUUCCAGACAGAAUCUUUUAGAGUUGGUCAGCGGUAAAUAUAUGAGUCCUCACACGCCCACGCAUCAUUAUUAUCAACAACAACAACAGGUGUACUCAGUUCAGCAGCGAUACUUCAGCUCGUCCCGCGACUCGCUUCAUGGGGCUUACGUGAAUCGUGGAGCGAGCGAGCUCGACCUAAGCCGUAAACCGAAGAGGAGGGACCAUCUCAGUAGAAGAUUCAAGCUGCCGUACGCGGUUACCCUCACGCCCUCUCGCGAUCAGUCUCAUUUGCAUACACCCGCGUCCGUCAAUCAUCUCAGCAAUAAUAGCUGUAACGGUACCGAGACAAGGUAUACAGUGCAGCAACAACAACAACAACGCGGUAGCAGAGGUUUCCCUGGGCAACCUGGAUCAAAAGGUUUUCGUACGGGUGCUCCUAACUGGUCCUUCAUCUUCGAUCCCGCUGGACGUCUUUGUUAUUAUUGGUCAAUGGUGGUUUCACUUGCCUUUCUCUACAACUUUUGGGUCAUAAUCUACAGGUUCGCCUUCCAAGAGAUAAACGGCGAAACACGUUGGGUCUGGUUCUGCUUGGAUUAUUUCUCCGAUUUUUUAUACGUGCUGGAUAUAGUAUUUCAUAUUCGAACGGGGUAUUUAGAGGACGGUGUACUGCAAACCGACGCGACAAAACUACGCAAUCACUAUACAAACAGCACCACGUUUUAUAUGGACAUCCUGUGCCUGCUGCCUCUCGACUUUUUAUACUUAUCUAUAGGAUUCAACAGUAUACUACGAAGUUUUAGACUCGUCAAAAUAUAUCGGUUUUGGGCGUUCAUGGACAGAACCGAGCGGCACACAAACUAUCCAAAUUUAUUCCGCUCCACUUCCUUGAUACAUUAUUUGCUGGUGAUCUUUCACUGGAACGGGUGCCUCUAUCACAUUAUUUAUAAGAACAACGGAUUCGGCAGUAAAAACUGGGUGUUCAGUGAUUCGGAGACAGCGGAUGUCGUGAAACAAUACUUGCAAAGCUACUAUUGGUGUACACUGGCUCUUACGACUAUCGGUGAUCUACCCAGACCAAGAAGCAAGGGUGAAUAUUUAUUCGUGAUAGCUCAACUACUGUUUGGUCUUCUCUUAUUCGCCACGGUGCUUGGUCACGUGGCCAACAUUGUAACUUCCGUCAGUGCAGCUAGGAAGGAGUUUCAGGCGAAGUUGGAUGGGGUGAAAACCUACAUGAGAAUGAGAAGAGUGCCAAAACACCUUCAAGUGAAGGUGAUUAAAUGGUUCGACUACCUUUGGUUAACGCAAAAGUGCUCAGACGAGGAGAAAGCUGUUAGCUGCCUUCCUGACAAAUUGAAGGCUGAAAUCGCGAUAAAUGUGCACCUGGACACGUUGAGGAGGGUGGAGAUUUUUCAGAAUACGGAAGCUGGCUUUCUCUGCGAGCUAGUGUUGAGACUUCGGCCCGUUCUCUUCUCACCUGGUGACUACAUUUGUCGCAAAGGUGAGGUAGGCAAGGAGAUGUAUAUAGUCAACAGAGGACGAUUGCAAGUGGUAGCUGACAACGGAAAAACAGUCCUCGCUACUCUUAAGGCGGGUUCCUACUUCGGCGAGAUCAGCAUUCUCAAUAUGGGGACUGCAGGUAACCGACGAACAGCCAGCGUACGCUCCGUGGGUUACUCGGAUCUCUUCGUCCUUAGUAAAAAGGACAUGUGGGACGUGUUGAAGGAAUAUCCUGCAGCCAGAAUCCGACUGGAAGCCAUCGCCGUGAAGAGGCUGGAGAAAUACAAGAGGGCUCCCCUUGAAAAAGCUGCAAUGGGACGAUGUCAGAGUACGCCAGGAUUAGUGGAAUCGAAAGGUCGUAUACCACUGGAAGAAAUGUGGAUUUCACCUACUGACGCAAAAUCUACUCAUACCUACUCAACCGGUCGUUCGUUGUUCUCACCUAGCCCAAGUCCAGUAGCAUCACGCGGUUUAGCGAGCUCCGAGCACAACGCGAACGCGAAUGUUAGAAGAAGCAUGGAUAGCCCAAUAAGCGCAACCAGUAGCGGUCACAGUAGCGAGGAUCAAACUACUAGGGCUCCACAGUCUGCUGCCACUCAACCAUCUACUGGAAGACAAUCUACACACUCAGGCAUGACUAACAGCAUGUCACAGUUAGUCAGUGAAGGCGCCACACCACUUCUAGGCACCCACGAAGCAUUAUUAGCAGAAAUUAAACGCCUUCGAGAACGUUUAAUUUGCUUAGAAUCUGAAAACGCUGCGAUGAGCGCGAAAUUGAAUCAACAGCAAUGGGAAGUGGAGAACCGGUUAGCUGAAAUCGAGAUGCACAUCUGUGGUGCCAAGCGCGGCAAAACUAAAAUCAAGCGAAUACGACAUUACCUUGUUGAUGGUACUGACAGUAGAUAUGCUGCAGAAGAUCAAGAAGAUUUUGAAGAAACCAAAAUAUCUGGGAGAUCCAGUGACACGAAAUCAAUUGGUAGCCUUAGCCAACACUUCUUUGAAAGUGAUGAGGAUGAGAAAUAUUAUGGCACCUGUAAUGGUUACGUUUCUCAGCCUGGUAGCAAGUCAAAUUUAUUAUUAUGCAGCGAAUGUGACCAGCAAACUCGUACCUGUACUUACAGACCACAAACACCUGGUUCCUGUUGUAGUAGAUACAUCGAGGAACGUAUUGAAGAUAGACAGGGAACUUCUCGCAUCUAUAAAAGUCCAGUUCGCGGGUCCUCUCCCUGGUCUUUGCACCCUGAUCAAGAUUACAGUGGUCAGUCGUCUUCACCUAGAUCGGUGUGUCAGGAUUAUCAGGUACGAAGAAGCUGGUCACGAAAAUGUGAACUGGAACAUGACCAAAAAGACUGUGAAGAUUUAGAGCAGGAUGACAAUAGUCCUACCUGUGAGAUUUGUCAUGGAAACGGUCAGAUUGUUCAAUGCGAACACUGUGACUUUUCCAGCGACGGCGAUCUAAUAUGUUUUCAAUGCCAAAGCGAGGAAGGAUCAUCAAAUGGUCAGAAUUGUCCUCAUUGUGAGAAAAAUAAAAGAAUACUGGAAAAGAGAUUGAACAAUGGAAAGUACCCGGUAGAUGCUGUGGUAAAAAUUCAAGUUAAUGAUCAUAUGGUCUCUGUAGACUCGGAUGAAACGUCUGAAAGUGACUUAUCUAAUAAUCAUCAUCAUCAAAGAAGUACAAUGGAACGAUUAGAUACUAUUGUCGAGGCAAAGGGAGACACUGCCAGUGAGAAUGACGAGGAAAACGGGGGUACAAAAAUUAAUGGAACUAGCAGUGCAAGAUAUCUCAAUUAUAUGAUCGUAUUAUUUCUGUAAAUAAACAUGGUUAAGGUAAUUGUGGUUGAGCUACGGAUACUGUUGGUACAUGGAGAAUAUUGUCUUGUUGAUAUUAGCAUUUGAAGGAAUAAUAAUUGCAAACAUCUUUGUAAUGCUUUAAUACUAAAAUUCUUGAAAAAUUUCAUGGUAUAUUGUACUUGUUAUUCAUUGUUAUACUAUUAUACUAUUUGUACUUGUAAUACCAAUAGUAUACUAUUAUAAUAUUUUAUAUUCUAUAAAAUUAUACCACUUUGGUAGUAUCAUGCUCUCUUUUACUCAAUCUAUUCAUAAGAGCUACUUUAUUAAAUUUAUAACAAAAACUUUAUAGACACGCAACAACGAUACUCUCCAUUCGAGACGAAACAUUUUCAAAAGUCUGAUGAAAAAAAAAAAGAUUUCAUCAACUUCUCAAAAUGUUCCGUACCUCAUAGAUUGAUCGACAUCGAAAUCUGUUGCCGUAUGAUAUUUUUCGGCGCCGUAGCUCAACUCGCAUGUAAAUAAACUGCCAGAAACAUUCAUCCGUAUAUCCGUAGAAUUUGUAUAGGAUAAUAGGUAACUCGUAAUAAUUUAAUAUGGUGAGAGUGAGAGAAAAGGGAGACUGAAAGAAUGAGGGAGGAGAGAAAGGGAAAAAAAAGUUACAUUUAUUAACAUUCGACACGCGCAGUGUUGCUGUGAGCUAAGAUCCUUAAUGCAACGAUUGUCACGUUAUACCAUGCGCAACUUUUAGAAUGGGUUUGUGCAGAAAUCAUGUUUAUGUUUUUAUGUUCUUUUUCUUCAUAAUUUCUUACACAACUACAUUCAACAAAUUUGAAAUUUUAUAUGCAUACAAUCAGUCAAUUUACAACAUAAAGUAACAAACUAAUUCAAACAAAGAAAUUACAAAUUUAUACAGUUUAGAUGUUUUAUAUUUCCAAUAAUGAAGAUUUGUACACAAACCCGUGCUAACUCAUGUUCGGGACCAACUAAAACUACCACCUUGUACAUCAUUGCUUCUAACUUCUGCUUUCAUUUUCGAUUGUUACUUGUAUUAUUUCAAAUGUAAGAUGUAAUACAAAUGUAGAUCAUUUUUAUUGGCAUAUUUUAUUUAUGAAUGUUUCAAUACUAUAUUAUUUGAAAAGGAACAGGUUACUGUAAAAGAAACACUGAGACUGUCCAGUUUUUACAAAUCAAUUUACACGAUAUAGAAAGUAUUCUCUUUUUUAAUAUAUUUUUCGUUUCAAAAUACCAGCAACCAAGUACAUAAAAACUGCAGGUGUGAAUUGUAUUAUUAAAUGUGGACUCCUUACCCUCGUAGCAGGAAAUAAUUUUCCUCGAGAACCUUAACGGGACCGAAAAUCUCUACAUUCCAAAAAUAAAAAUUGAAACGGGAUCAUGAACGCCUCCCCCUCUUUUCCAAAGAUUUAUAUAUGUCUUUCAUUAUUUACUACCCCUAUUGUUUAUGUUAGAAUGAUUCAUCUAAAGCUCUUCUUUAAUUGUAAGAAUUUUUUCUAAUUUAUUGUAGGGGAGGUAUAUUAAAUCUAAAGUCACCCGUUCAUAUAAUAUGUAAGUGAAAGCGAAGACGAAAGCAGAAUACAUCUUCCGAACUAAAAAAACAAAUACGAAGCGAUUUGUAAUAAGUAUAGUGAAUUUUUUAGUGUUUAUAAAUUAUCAGAUAGACUUUAAUAGUUAAACGCAUUUUUUUAACGUUCGAUUUCUACUUUGUAAGCACAUGUAUCGCUUAACCAAAUGAGAAUCUGAUUUAUAUAAUAAAAUGUGUAGUGUUUGAAAGUGACAAAAGAAAAAUGGCUAGGAAUGUGGAAAUUUAUGAAGAGUGUAUUGCAUACUUAAAUAUGACUUUACAUUUGUUAUAAAAUGGAGAGAAUUUUUAGUAAAAUUUAAACGAGAAAGAGUACGAUACAGUACAUAUUGUUUUUUCAUUAAAUUAAAAAUUAAAAUAUAAUCUCAAUUUUACGUUAAUAAAAUAUACAUAGUGUCUCUAAAUCUCUUCAGAUGGCAUUAUGAAAUAAAUGAAUUAAAUUUUAAGAAAGUCGAAUUUACAAAAUUAAUCGGAUAUAUUUGCGAUAUUAAAUCCAUUCACAACUGUUUAAAUGAUAUUGAUUUUAUUCAGAUGUUUAUUGGUGUUGAAAAGAAGAUAAAGUAUUAUAUAUCGUCAUAGAUGUGUCAGGUUAGAAAAUGACGGUUUGUGAAAGGUUGUUAAUAAUCAAAUGUGCGAUAUUAUUCAGUCGAUUGGUCGAUUGUUAUUAUAACUAUUCAACUAUAUCUUGUGCAUGAGAAUCUCCUGAUUGCCUAUUAUAAUUAAUCACGAGAUGCGAUGUUCGAAUGCAAUGCCCGAACAUUUUUCAUUAAGCCAUAUUGUACCUACUUAAAUCAUUUUUACGAGAAUUUCUCUGAUCAUUUUGUGGGUUAUCAUUUAAUAUUUGUGCCAAGAUUCGUCAUCGUCUUCCAUACAUUUUUCAUAUUGAAAAUGAUUGUUUAUUUAUUAGGCUAUUGCAGAUAAAAUUAAAUUCUGACAAAAUUUUAUAACACGAAUUUAAUAUAUAACUGAGAAAUAUGAAUUUCAAUUUUCCCGCGUAUGCUUACUCGCAAGUGGUAGGGCCAGACUUCUAUAUAUGUAGAUGGCCCCUUCCUUACAUAGUCUCCCUCCGCGGGAAUGCCCACAGGGAAAGAAGGGUAGCAGGGGUAGCGCCAGUUUCCACAAUUUUCCUCUUAUUAUAUAUUUUUUAUCAUCUAUUAUAGAUAUUAAUAUAAAUUUGUUAUAUAAAGUUAUGUACAUUGAAUAUCACAUUAUUGAAUUAAAACCAUGCACAAUUUAAUUCUAUUACUGUUGUACCAUCCUUCUAAAUGAUUUAUAAAUAAGUGCCAAUGUUAUACAAAGUUUAUGUAUGUUUUAGAUAAGGAAAACUAAUUACUAGUUGAAAUUCUAAGUAAAUCUGUUUCUCCAUACGGUUAUAUUGAUAUAAUGUAUGUUUGCUAAAGUUGAAUACUGAUUACCAUUACGUUCCACAAUAUGGUUCAGAAAAUUCUCAAUUUACAUUUCAAUUAAUGCUAUAAUAAUAUUAGGUCAGUUCAUAUGAAUUCAUGAAUUGUAUCAAAUAAUACAAAGCAUUUGUAUUAAAAUUAUUAUUAGUUUAUUUAGACUAAAUUAAUUUUCUGGUUAAACAUAUUCAGCUCAUAACUAAUUUCAUAAUUAAUUAUUAUUACAAUUGAAAUUCGCAAGCUUCUAAUAAUAAUUUUCCAAUUGUACCAAUUGGCUAUUAAUUUUCAGUUAUUUUUUAUAAGAUGUGAAUUAAAAAAAAAUUGUUUAUUUCAAAUGAUUAUUGUUGAGCUGAUUAUGUUUGACCACAACAAUUAAUUGUAAUUUUUUCUACAUUCUAGCGUAACAGCGUUAAACAAACUAUCCAAUAAAGUAAAUGAAACAAGAGGCAAGUUUCUCGAUGAAUAGUCACUCAGGAAUAAAAUUACAACUUAAUAUGGUUGCGAUGUUAAAUAUUAAUUAACAUUUAACGAAUAAUUUUUUGUAAAUAUGAAUAUAAAUACUUAUAGUGAUAAUAAAUAGUAUGAGUAUGUGUAGAAACUGUACGAGGAGUUGUGCGAAAGGUGCCGAAUUUGAAAGGGGUAUUAUUUCUUAAUAACAAUAAACAAUAUAAAAUGAGAAAAUAGAAAAUUCUGCAUGCCAAUGAAUAUAAUAGAGGAUAGAAAGUGCAUAAAAAUUUAUUGUUUUAAGUUUAUUUAACACUUUUACUUGUCAAAUGAGUUGGUCGCCGUAUGCCCGAAUGUUUAAACACUAUAGAGAUUGCACGCGGUACCGCGUGAUCGGACAUUGACCAGGACUCAUGCGAUAUCGCGUGAAUGGCAACGAAGGUGUUUAAUUUUUUUUUUUUUCUACUAGCGUUUAUUCAAUCAAACACCGGAAUGAUAUUAUUUUGUACAACUUUGUUGUAUGAAUGUAUCUACGAGAAAAAGAAAAAGGGAGGUAGUGAGUGUGAAAGUUUACUUCCAGUUAUAAAGAAUUGACCAAAAUAUUGGCAUUAAGAUAAUAGUGCAACAUUGCGAGUGUUAAAAGGGAGCCAUCAAACGGGAAUCAUAAAUAAACAUAAUGUAAGGAGAAAAGUAUCACAGCAAAAUACGAUUGUAAUUAUCAAUUACACCCUUAAUGAUCGUGCAUUUCAUAAAUCAUCGAUUAUGUACUCGAACAUCUGCCUAUGAGCGAACACACGUCGUUUUUGUCCAUUUCUAUCCGAAUAUACGUUCUCUUCUUAAUCAUAGAAGUUAUUUUGGAAUUUUCGAAACUUAGCUGCGCUGCUCCCAUAUGUAAGUGUAAAUGUACGAUCCGAUAUAUCAGUAAGAAUACAAAAAUAUAAAUAGACGAUUGAAAUUA